UCUGCCUUCCUCAGGGGAUUGGUCAGUUGAGGAGGUGGGAACGCCCUGGAGAGCUGCGAGUGGUGUAAUUGGGGCGUAAUAGGUAGAAAGAUACGUCGGGGUCGGGGGGAUUAAAUGUUUCUGUGAGCAACCCGUGGGGUUUGGCUCAGGGCUCCACCCGCCAGGAGUCAUCUAGUAAUCCAAACUAAGACCUUUUCUAGUAGACCUUCCUGACCACCGGGUCCAGCUUCUCCCCAAAUGUAUCCCUAAUCUGAAAUAGCUUUCCAUUACAGCUUCCUAAUAAGGGUUACGAGCUUGGGUUCUUUUUGGAGCAGGAUAUAUUUUCCCUGAAGGCAGCUGAGUUACCAGGACAUGAACCUGACCACUUAUCCCAUGACUGUUAAGUUUGCUCAAGAGCCUUUGGUGGGGACCUUUGUCAAAUGCUUUCUGGAAGUCCAAGUAUAUAAUGUCAACUGGAUCACCUUUAUCCACAUGACUGUUGACACUCUCAAAGAACUCUAAAAGGCUUCCUGAGGUGAGGAUGUAUCCUGAGAUAAACUGGGAUAUUGCAGUUCUUCAGCAUUGAGCAUAAGACACUUAAGUGUUUCCUGGGACCUUUAGUAAGAUGAUAAAUGGCUCAUUUAAAUUGGGAGCUGCUACUAAAAUAUUCUCUGGCUGGCAAAUGCAGUGCCUAGCAGCUGCUAUCAAGGACGAACCAAACAUGAGUGGGGGAGGGGAACAGGUCGACAUUCUGCCGGCCAACUACGUGGUGAAGGACCGCUGGAAAGUGCUGAAGAAGAUUGGUGGUGGCGGCUUUGGGGAGAUUUAUGAGGCAAUGGAUCUUUUGACCCGUGAGAAUGUGGCCCUGAAGGUGGAGUCAGCUCAGCAGCCAAAGCAAGUUCUUAAGAUGGAAGUGGCCGUUUUAAAAAAGUUACAAGGAAAAGAUCAUGUUUGCAGAUUUAUUGGUUGUGGAAGGAAUGAGAAGUUUAACUAUGUUGUUAUGCAGCUUCAGGGCCGGAACCUUGCAGACCUCAGAAGAAGCCAGCCACGAGGAACCUUUACACUGAGCACAACCCUUCGAUUAGGCAAGCAGAUUCUAGAGUCCAUAGAAGCCAUUCACUCAGUGGGAUUCCUGCACCGAGACAUCAAGCCUUCCAAUUUUGCCAUGGGACGUCUGCCCUCAACCUAUAGAAAAUGCUACAUGUUAGACUUUGGUCUGGCCCGGCAGUAUACCAAUACCAACGGUGAAGUCCGGCCCCCUCGUAAUGUUGCUGGUUUCCGGGGAACAGUCCGUUAUGCUUCCGUGAACGCACACAAAAACCGAGAAAUGGGUCGACAUGAUGACUUGUGGUCCCUUUUUUACAUGCUGGUGGAGUUUGCAGUUGGUCAGCUUCCAUGGCGCAAGAUCAAAGAUAAGGAGCAAGUUGGUAUGAUUAAAGAGAAAUAUGAACAUCGAAUGCUGCUAAAACAUAUGCCUUCCGAGUUCCAUCUUUUCCUGGAUCACAUUGCAAAUCUGGAUUAUUUCACCAAACCGGAUUAUCAGCUGAUCAUGACAGUAUUUGAAAACAGCAUGAAGGAAAGAGGGAUUACUGAAAAUGAGGCCUUUGACUGGGAGAAAGCUGGUACAGAUAUUUUAUUAUCUACAAGUACUUCCACUCCACCUCAGCAGAACACAAGGCAGACAGCAGCCAUGUUUGGUGUUGUUAAUGUCACCCCAGUUCCUGGAGAUUUGCUUCGUGAGAACACGGAGGAUGUUUUGCAAGGAGAGCACCUGAGUGACCAGGAGAAUGCUCCCCCAAUCUUGCCUGGCCGGCCAGCAGAGAACUUGGGCCAGACUCCAAACAUUGCCUUCAAUGAAGGAGAGGUUUGGGAAGAGACGGAUGUGAACCGCAACAAACUCAGGAUCAGCAUCAGCAAAACACAGUGUUUGGCAGAAGAAGAUCAGAAAAGUGGUGUGUGCCCCAGUUCCCCAGUGCGUGCUGCACCAGACUCCCCUACCACUCAAGGGCGUUCGCUGAGAUAUCGUCGUGUGAAUAGCCCUGAGUCAGAACGCCUCUCCACUGCUGAUGGCAAAGCGGAUCAGCACGAGAGAAGGUCUCGAGUGGACUUGCCUGGCUCUCCUUCACGGCUUGUAUGCUCUUCCCAGCCGGCACAGAUGCUGUCCAUUGACACUGGGCAGGUAGACAGGCAAGCAAGCGGCAGGAUGGAUGUGUCUGCUUCUGUGGAGCAUGAAGCACUGAGCAAUGCUUUCCGAUCAGUGCCCCUGGCUGAGGAGGAGGACUUUGACAGCAAAGAGUGGGUUAUAAUAGAUAAAGAAACGGAGCUGAAGGACUUCCACCCAGGUGCUGAGCCGAGCACAUCCGGAACAACAGAUGAAGAGCCUGAAGAACUGAGACCCAUUGAAGAGGGCGAGGAGAGGAGGCGAUUUGGAAUAGAAGUAGCGGUCAGGCCGAAAAUACAUGAUGGGAGAACCCGGGGUAUGCAGCCUGUGGCUGAGGAGGACAGUUCCCACAGACAUGAAGGGCAUUGUCAGACAGUAUCUGACAACAAACAUGAACAGCAACCAGGAAGCCCCACACAGUCCCCCUUACAUUCAGCACCAGCUAUCAGACCACGGAGACGGGAAUCUGAGCCUACUGGUCCUGAGAGACAGUUGGAGGAGGACAGGCAUUCUCAGCACUCCCUCCCGAGGUACAGCCCCCUGAGAAGACUGGCGUCCUCCGUUUUCUCCUCCUCAACCCUGGAGACAGAACAGUACCCUCACCUUGGCGGCACUUUCAUACAGCGCAGCCGUUCGGCGGAGAGCAGCCCCGUGCGCAUGCCCCACCGCAGGCACAUGCCCCUCACAGCAGGAAACCACAGACUCAUGCCUUCUGUCCUCCGCAUUUCCAGAUCCCAGCUCCAGCAGGUGUGGGCCCGCUUCACACACAAAACAUAGCCUGUACCGAGGGAAGCAACAGCCUUUGUAAUGCAAUAAUAGAGCCCACCUGCCCCGUGUGUCACCAUUUAAUGCAAUACUGAAUCUCAGACAACUUUGGCCUAAAAGGUACUGUAAACGUCCAAGUCCCCUGCAAGAGAAAAUUCAGAGACUCGGAACACCUGCCUCGCUCAUUCUGGGCCAGAGGCUGCGUCAUCAUUUGUGAUGAGAGUGCAAAUAGUGGAUGUGUAACAUAUGAAAGGGUUGAUGUCGAGCCUCUGUGAUGGCGGCCUACAGCUGGGGGUGGUGAGUUUAGGGCUGCCUCAGUGAACAGGCUGAGACUGUGGGAUUGCGGGGGAGAGGCAGUGCAGGUGCCAGAGAAAGCUGUCUCCCCAGUCAGAUAAAAUUUGUGCAGAUGUGUGUUGGUCUGUGAUAAUGGUAGGCCGCAGAUGGAGGCCUUCCCCUCAAAUUUGGCUCAGCCAUUGAUUCAUGUGAAGGCACAUGGUAAGUUUGGGUCAAGAGCUCAGAAGCUGAGAGGGAUUUGCUGCUGCAUAUUUUGCACAUCACCUAGACAGCCAAAACUGCAGUACUUCUAUUGCAGCUUGUGCAUCAGUGGGCAAAUGGCAUCCGUCAGUCCCCUGUGGCGUUGUCUUUACUCUGUAACUAUUUUUGUCGCCUUGCCCUGAAUAGAUCCACCUGCACUUUUUCUCCCCCAACUCUGACUUAGGUGUGACAGUAGAGCAAUGAUUUUCAUCCUGACCCACCUAUCAAUUGCUAUAAAGACUCCCUGGCUUCAGGAACAGGAAUCUUGCCUGCCCCUCUCUUGCCUGGCCUGGUUUUGUGCAUACCUGGAGUUAAGCAGGUGCCAUGUCAGGAAGGAAUUGGUUUCUAGUUAUGUUUUUCUUGGAAGGCAAGAAAAGGCAACUCCUUUUUCUGUUUAUUUCAAUAAUCCUGCUUCUUUUAGCAAAAGAGAAGAAAUUAAUCAGCCAAAAUAUUAGAAUAGUUCGGAAAGGAAGGAUUUUAACUGCUAGAACACCACCUGCCUUUAGCUAGAUUUCCUUUGAAAUAUUGCCCCUUUAGUAUCCAUUGUCCAGAGCCAGAAAGAGUUGUCUUUAACUGGUUUCAUGUGAGUAAUUAAAUCUUACAAGGUUCAAAAAUGUUCAAAGGUGACUUGAAUUGUCAAGAGGCAUACAACCCCCUGCCCACCCUAGGGCAAGGUAUGAUCCUCAUUUAUGUGAAGCAUCAAACUGGAUAAAAUCUCCCUCUGACCUAGAUGAAUGCAGGGUCAAAGAAAUAUUUGGUCAAUCCUCCAGCCACUUUUGGAGCCAGGGUAUCAUGAAGCAAAUGGUUGCAGGUUUUUAAAGCAGAUAGGAGUUUGAUGAUGCUGAGAUGCUUUGAAGAGGUUCAGUGCAGGACAGAAUACAGCAACUAAAGGACCUUAGGGUGGGAAGAUUUGGGAUGGUGGUGCAGAGGCUGUUUUUGUGCUGUAGAGCUUUUCUUACAGCCUUUCUGAGUCUUAAUGGGGUGCUUAUUAUGAGUACCAGGAUUACUAAGGCUCACUUUAUAAAGGUGCCAGCUCAAAAUGAUCAACAAACACUAACUAGCCCCAUAAUUUAUGAUUGGCUUUAUUUUUUAACACGUUUCUAGUAUGUGUAUGUAUUGGUUGGUUGGUUGGAGCUUUCCUUCAUGCAGGCAGGAGGAAUGGAAAUAUAUUUUCAUUAAAACAAAAACUAAUCCCCCCUCCUCACCCACCCCCAGUUCUGUUAUAUGCACAGGGCAGCUGUGAGAUGGCAACUGUACUUUCACCAUUCAUACACAUCUCCUACAUUUGCCAUGCCAGCAAAGUCUAGAAUAGGAAAAGUCAUGUGAAAACCUGAGCUGCCACACUUUCCUACAACCAGUGCUUUGGUAAGCCUCUCCUUUAUCAGGCCUUAAGAAGAGCCAAAGAAAGGUUUGUUUCUCAUGGCUUGAUUUCCCCCAUGGAGCAGUUGUGACCAACAUUGAGGUUCUCCAGCUGUUGUUGGACUAUAGCUUCCAUCAUCCCCCACUGCAGUUUAUUAUGGCUGGGGGUGGUGGGAGUUGUAGUCCAACAGCUACUAUGCCAUUCCCACCACAGAGCAAUAGUAUGAAGAAUGUUGCAACGUGGAUUUUUACAGAAAAUUAUGUGAGGAAGAGAUUAGAUUCAUGUCUGUUCCUUCUUGCAGACCACCUGUAUGUACAAAAUCAUGCAUUUCCCUGUGGAGAAAAAAAUAACUUCAGAAUUAGUCCAAAUAUUGUGUAGUUUGGGAUUAUGUGUCCAAAGUCAGUGUUUGCUCUUUACAAAACAACUCUCUCCAGGAGCCUGGAAAUACUUGGUUGGUAAUGGCUUUCCAACCAAAGCCCUUUCAUUGGCAUCUUAGUUUACUCUCAAGAAAUUCUUAGCACGGGGAGGGGGUGACACUGAACUAACAUUGUAUUUUUUUUAAAUGGCGUUUGUUUGCUUCUCCAAAGAGGAGAUUCUCCAAAACUGUUGCAACCAGUGGGAGACUCAUCUAGAGCAAAACGUACAAAAGUGAGUUAGAAUAUACCUCUGCAGCCUGCCCCUGGGUGUUUCUGGAAGGCAAUGACGAGUGCUUAAAAAGAAACUUGCAAAUAAGUUGAAAGCGAGAACUUACUUAGCAUCUACACACACUUUCAGAAAGCACCAGCUUUUCUGGUGUGAUCUCAUGCUCAGGCCAUACAAAGCUAACAGGGAUCAUGUGCAGUUUCUCCAGUUCCACAUGCUGGCCAGCUCUUGGUUUCAGUGAUCAACCCACCCUUUCCCCAAUUCAGUUGAAAAGCAGUAUGAAAUAUGAUGGAUGAAUCACUGAAAACAAAAGCUGGCCAGCAGGUGGUGCUGUGGAGAUCAUGCAAGGUCUCUGUGGGCUGUGUAACCUACAUGUGAGAUCGUGCUGGAAAAGGUGAUGCUUGUCUACAAGAGUGUGUAGACGCUGAGUAAGCUCUUGCCUUCAAUUUAUUUUCAAGCUCUUUUUCUUUAAUGUUGCCUGGCAGAUCCCCGUUUUAGCUUUGCACAGAAGCCAUUACUGCAUUAAUGUCCCUUCACUAGGAGGUUGGGCUGAGUAUUUUUACUUUCUCCAGGUAACUCAAGUGUAGGCACAACAGGCUCACAAUUUUGAAACAGGCUUCAAACUCCCAAUAUUCUCACAUAGGUUCAAAGGCCUGCUCUUCAGUAGCAUCAUUUUGAGCCACACAGGGCUCAUUUUCAGCUUGUUGUCAUGUCUUUUUAUUUUGUACACACAAUUGAUAGACCCUAAAAGUGAUCCUGCAUUUUUAGGGCUGUGAGCCUAUGCAUGCUUUCUUCAAAGUAAGUUCUAUUUAAAUCUGUGAAUCUUACUUCAGAGUAAACAUCGGGCCAUGCCCUAAGGUUGCUAAUCAGAACCCAUAUUGUGUACAAAGUGGCAGUGAAAUGCAUGUAUUUGGGGAGACUGCUUAAAGCAGGGGUAAUCUUGGUUCUCCAUCUGUUGAACUAUUAUUCUCAUAAUUCCCACCCACAAUAAAUUGUGUCUGGGAAUGAUGGGAGCUGUAGUUCAACUUUCCAUUCCCAUAUUUUUAGUACAGUUGUUUUCUGCAGGUGUUACCAUCAUCAUCACACAACUACGAAGGACUAAUUUUUUGUGUGUGCUAAUCCCACAAGCAAAUCUCAGUCCUAGCAAUGCUUAUACAGCAUGCAUUGCAGCAAAAUCUCAGCUGCAAAGUGAUAGCUUUGUUUCUGCCAAGCAACUUGAUGUUUACAAUACCUCACCGACAGAAACUUGAUUUGGAAUUAAUGGGGUUUGCACCAACAAUGUCUCACCAACAGGGUCACAUGUGAGGACCGGAGCUUUGGUGAUUAUUUUGUUUUGUUUCAAAGAUCACUAAAUUAUGAGAAUGUGACAGGGAAGGCCUUUAGGAGUAUUCAUACUCUGUGCUUUGUAAAGGCUAAAGUCUUUUCAUUCAGGCAGAUCAGUCUAUACAACUGCAUUGUUUCGUUCUCCAAACUGCAGAGAGCAAUAAAUAUGGGUGUUGCUCCUCAUAAAAAUGUGAAUUAUAUUUUGUAAACAAUGUCAUACAUGAGGUCACACCUAAAUAUUUGGCUUGUUAUUUUUUACUCAGCCCCACUGCCGCCUUGGUCUUCCUGUUCCAUUGGUCCCUCUUCCUAGUUCCUUGUCUCUCCACUUCCUUUCCUCAAACAGCAUACAUCUCCUCUUCCUGCUAGGCCCUAUGUGAGGUUUUUCCCUGGCACUGGACUACUUUCCCUUCCCCCCCCCCCCAGCAGCCUCCAUUCUUUCUGCUUCUCAGCACACUUCAUACUCUGUCCCCCUUCAUCCAUCUAAGCUGCUUCCAGACCCAAUUGUUCUCAGCAUUUCAACUGCCUCUCUGCCCCACUUCCCACCAUUGACAAACAGCCCCAGUUUCCUGUAGGCCACCCUUUCUAUUUCCAGUCAAAGUUUUUGGUUUCUUUCCUAGUAACCGCUCCAACUGGCAACUUUCUUUGAAUGAGACCUGCUUGUUAGCAUUUGGAAUGUUUGUGAACAUUCCAUGAUUUCACAGCAACAUUCAGUGUGUUGGGGGCAUGGGCAACUCGCAAGACAACAGGCAGCCAGUUUUUUCUGCACACUUUAUAUGUAUAUAUGAUAGGAUAUUAGCUUUCUGUAACAUAUUUCAUCUCAAAUGUUCAAAAGUGCUUUACAAAGACAUGUACACAUAUGUAUACAUACAUAGUAUUUAUUUGUUUAACAACAUAGCUAUUCCAUAAUAAGAAUUCUCUAUUCUGCUGUUGAAAUGCCUCCAUCUCUGAUGAAAGAGUAGUUUGAUUCAACAGCCCCUAUGCUGCUAUACACCAGUUUGUGAUAAGCUGCAGAAUGAGAGUAAAUUUAGGAUGGACACAAGGAAGAGUGGAAAUGAAAUGCAAGUUGGGAGUGUAUGCAGAACCCCAGGAGUGCUUGGCUAUUCUGUCUGGUUAAAACAAAAAACAAAAAAAAAACAACACCUGGGGUUUAUUAACGUCCAAAGAAGAGCAAGGUAUCUGUUUUGUGUCUAUAUGAAACUGCACCACAAAUCCACUACUGUGAAUCCUGUACCAAUUUCUGUGAAACAUGUUAGUGAGCUGAGAAAUGGCUUUUGAUUUUGUUCCUUUGUCAUGAAAUAAUCUGAGCUUCCCCACAAUGCACCUUUUGUGGGAGUGUCUGAAGCUGGUGUCAUAGUCCAUGUUUCAUUCUUACUGCCCUUAAAUGGUGCUUCCUCCAUGUGUCAUUAUUGCAUGCUGAGUUCUUGAGUGCAAGACUAUGGGCCAGUUCAGAUGAAUGUGAGCCUGCUACCCCUUUUACAUGCGAGAAGGCUCGAGCCCCGUGGCAAAUGUGCCCACCUCUACGUCACUCAAGGAUGUGCCAAUGCAUUCUCAGCAUGUUCUUUUACUCAUCCAAAUGGCCCCUCCACAUGCGCUGUUUAAACAGAGUUUUGCAGCACAUGUAG